AUGUCUGCACUCGAAGAAACUCCCGCUGUCUCUGAACCUAUCAAAGAAAAUAAUCCUCCCACUGUGUCUGAACCCACUGAGAAAAAUAUGGAAACUACAGUAAAAAGCAAGAAACCUACACUAAAAAGUUAUCGUCAAAAACUGCAAGCAAUCCAGGCACGUAUCAAGUAUCGUGAAAAAGCCAUCAAGGGAUUCAGAAACCAUCUCAAAAAGGGCACAUUUCCUAAACGGUUCAAAUCAUUACGGCCCUUCCCAAAAAUGGAAUCACCAGAAUCACAAGCAGUCGUGAAUGCGGCCUGUGAACAAGUACAUUGUGUCAUUUUAGAUCAAAUGAUUUUGGAUGAGGAGAAAAAACUUGUGCAAGAUCAAACCAGUUAUCAAACCAUGAAAAAGGAACGGGCAUGUGAACGCUCUCAGUUACUCAAGACAUCCAAAAAACCCCAGAAAUUGUCUGUGACACAGCUCAUGCAGGAACUCACCGAUUUGCAGUCCAAAUAUACCCAGCUCUGUAAUCAAUUAAACAGCACUAAGUAA